AUGCCUAUCGCAUACUAUGAUUUAAAUCCGGAUCGAGAAACGGAGAUGGAUGAAUGGUCGGAUGACCAGACAAGGAGCAAUCGGCUAUAUUCGGAGGCCCCCUCAAAGAAUGGGGUCUUAUCAUUGAAAGCAGGUGGUGGUCAAUGUAUUGAAAUAACACACUGGAACAGAACAUUGACAGGCUUCAAGCUGCAUAAGACAGUGCGUGAAGAGAACAGCAUUUGUUUUGCAACAGCCAUGGAGCAGGCGCUCUCUCAUCCAACACAGUUUUCGGAAUCUAUCAUUGCUGGGAAAACAAAUAUAGAAAAGAACAAGAAACCUCAUCCACCAAGACUUGGUAAUGGAGGAAGUGAGCCAUGGGAUGCGCAUUCCGAAACCAUGCUCAGUUUGUUAGAUCGACAAGUUGGUGACUAG